AUGACAUGUUGGAAGAUGGGUACAUUAUUUUCUUGGUGUGCCCCUUUUCCUUAUCUCUUGUACAGAGCUGUAACAUAUGCUGAUACUUCUAUUUAUGGAUUCUCUGGGGAUCAAAUACUUAAGAAACUGUUGUGGUUGAAGAAAAAUCACCCAGUACUUGAUCCAUCACUGAAAACCAAGUUGGCUUAUUAUCACUGCCCACUCUUGCAAAAGGACUCAUAUCCAGUUGAAAGUAAAUUAGCCUCACUUCAAGAAAAGAGGCCAAGUAAGCCCAGCUUGUCUUUGAUAUUUCUAGCCUCUCUUAUUCCCUACCCUUUUGGCCCCUGUCCUCUACGAAGGGCUCCUAAUCUCCUACCCAUUCUUCCCAUUCAAACAAGAAAGGUUCUGAAAUUGUACUGUUAUUGGUCAAUAAAUUAUAUUUCAGAAUGA